AUGGAGCAGCGCAGGGAGCAGCGGGAGUCCAGCCGGAGGGUUCUCACCAGAGCCUCCAUCACCCUGAAUGUGGUCGCUUCCUUUGUGCAGCUUCCCUUUGGCUCAGAGAGGCGUGAGAAUCCGGUCCAAGCCGUCAGGGACCUCAAGAAGGCAGCUGCUGUGUCAGAGACCCACACGUCUCCCUCGAAUCAUUCACAUCCCAGCCGGACUGCCAUGUCCAAUCUAACGUCCAAUCUGAUGCUCUCCAGCACAGAGAGGACGCCAAACGCCUCAUGGAGCCUCAACUCUGACAAAUCCUCUUUAACUACAUCUUCACCAAGUGAAGCUCCACCUGGAACAUCAGAGUCAUGUGACUGCAGCCUGUAUCAGGCCACCGGACACAGAUGUCAGACAGUUCCAAACCCGGGCUUUGAGAGGGAGAUGACGUGCAGGUCUUGGGGUCAGUACAACUUUGAGACCUUUGACGGCCUCUACUACUACUUCCCCGGCCGGUGCACGUACACUCUGCUGAGGGACUGCGAGGAAACCUCCCAGGCCAGCAUCGUCGUCCAGGUCCACAAUGACCCGGACUGCAACUCUGCCCCUUACACCUGCCAACGAUCUGUCAGCCUCUUCCUCCCCUGGGAGGGCGAGCUUCGGCUUUACCCAACUAAUGUAACAUUCAAAGGUCAAAGUUUGCAGCUUCCUACUCACAUCCACGACCUGCAGCUGGAGCAGAUCUCUCAGUACGUCCUGGUGAUGCAGCAGCACGGCUUCACGCUGGCUUGGGAGGGAAGCAGCGGCUCAGUCUACAUCAAACUCAGCCCAGAGUUUGUGGGAAGAACCUGCGGCAUGUGUGGAAACUUCAACGCAGACGUCCAGGACGACCUGAAGACCAGUUAUGGUGUGCUGACUCAUGAGAUAGAAAUGUUUGGGAACAGCUGGGUGGAGGCUGAGCCACACCAGGCACAGUGUCCCAUGGUGCCUUCAGGCUUCCCUUCACCUUGUGUUGCUGUUGACGCUCAUGUGCUGCUGAAAGUGGAGGAGGUGUGUGCCAUGCUGCUGGAUCCGCCUUUUCAGAGCUGCCAUGAAUUUGUGAGCCCGCUGUCCUACAUGGCCAGCUGCUCGAACGACCUGUGCAUGUCGGGUCCCAACGGUGAAGUGGUAUGCCAGGUGUUCAGCGAGUAUGCCCGGGCCUGUGCCCACGCUGACCACCCACUGCACGACUGGAGGCAGCACAUUCCUCAGUGUGCGAAGCAGUGUCCUCCAGAUCUGCACUACAGGGAAUGCAUCAGCUGCUGCCCGGAGUCCUGCAACCUGGAGCGAACAUGUAUCGACAGCAAACUGGCCUGCCUGGAUGGAUGCUACUGUCCUGAUGGUCUGAUCUACGAGGACGGAGGUUGUGUGACGCCCUCUGACUGUCCCUGUGAGUACCACGGCAUGUUUUAUCCAUCUGGACAGACGCUGCAGGAGGAAUGCAACAACUGUACAUGCGUGGGUGGAUUGUGGAACUGCACCGAGUACAGCUGCCCAGGCGAGUGCUCUGUGACCGGCGACAUGUAUUUUCAGUCCUUUGACGGGCGGCUCUACACCUUCCCUGCCACAUGUCAGUACGUCCUCGCCAAAAGCCGAAACUCUGGGAAGUUCACGGUCACCAUCCAGAACGCCCCGUGUGGAGCUAAUUUGGACGGGGCCUGCAUCCAAUCAGUUAACCUGGUCACUGAUGAGGAUCCAAGAACGGAGAUCACACUGAGUCACAUUGGAGAGGUCUUCAUGGCUGGACAGUACCGCAUCUCUCUGCCUUACUCAGACGACGUCUUCCACAUCCAGGAGCUGUCGUCCAUGUUCCUGCAGGUGAAGACGGCGUUUGGCCUGCGCCUGCAGUACAGCUGGAAGGAGUUUCGUCUCUACCUGCAGGCGGACGAGCUGUGGAAAGACGACACGGUGGGCCUGUGUGGCACCUUCAACGGCAACAUCCAAGAUGACUUCCUAUCACCAUCAGGAAUGAUAGAAAGCACUCCUCAGCUGUUUGGAAACGCCUGGAGAGUCUCGUCAGCUUGUUCACCCAGCCUGACUACACCUCAGCUCGACCCCUGUGACACACACCAGCAAGCCGUGACCUAUGCCUCACAGAUGUGUGACAUACUGAACCAGGACCUGUUCUCAGCCUGUCACGAGUACCUCAGUCCGACCUCCUUCCAUCAGCAGUGUCGCUCUGACACCUGUAAAUGCGGGACUCCGUGCCUCUGCUCGGCACUCGCACACUACGCUCGACACUGCCGCAGAUUCUCCGUCAUCAUCGACUUUCGAUCUCAGAUACCUGACUGUGCGCUCACCUGUCCUCCAACCAUGACGUACGGCACCUGUGUGUCGUCCUGCCAGCGCCGUUGCUCCGCCCUCUCCGCCCCCCAGCACUGUGGGGAGGAGUGUGAGGAGGGCUGCGUCUGUCCCCAGGGAUCCUUCUUCAACCAUCGAACACACACCUGUGUGCACAGGAGUGAGUGUCCCUGCAGCUUCCUGGGAGCAGACUACGACCCGGGAGAUGUGAUCAUGACAUCAGCAGGUGUUCAGCUCUGUGUGAACGGUAAGCUGGUGUCACAAACAACAGACAGUGACAGGUUUUGUCCGGCCGGUCAGCUCUAUCAGAACUGCUCCGAGGGAGACGAUGGCUACUUGUCAGGAAGGGGCGUGGCCUGCGAGCGCACAUGUGAAUCUUACCUGCUCAACCUCACCUGCUCCACACAUGAGCCCUGCGUGGCCGGAUGUAGCUGCCCCCCUGGCUUGCUGAAACAUGGAGAUGAGUGCUUUGAACCUGCAUCCUGCCCCUGUCUGUGGAAAGGAAAGGAGUAUUACCCCGGAGAUAGAGUCUCCUCUCCCUGCCAUCAGUGUGUCUGCCAGCAUGGGACGUUCCAGUGUGAGUUUCAUCCGUGUCCGUCCAUGUGCAUGGCUUACGGGGAUCGCCACUACAGGACGUUUGAUGGACUGCUGUUUGACUACGUCGGUGCAUGCAAAGUUUAUCUUGUAAAGAGCAGUGCUGAUGUGAUGCUCAGCAUAGCAGCUGAGAACGUUGACUGUUUCGACAGCGGAGUCAUCUGCAGGAAGUCUCUGCUGAUCAGUAUUGGAAGAUCCUUGGUGGCAUUUGACGAUGACACAGGGAAGCCGAAUCCAUCCAGUUUGAUUGACAGGAAGCAGAGGAUGUUCAUCUGGCCAGCAGGAUACUACACAGUGGUUCAUUUCCCAGAGGAAGACGUCACCAUCCUCUGGGACCGUAAGACCACCGUCCACAUCCAAGUUGGGCCUCGAUGGCAGGGGAAGCUAAGCGGGCUGUGUGGGAACUUUGACAUGAAGACGGUGAACGAAAUGCGGACACCCGACAACAUCGACUCCCCGACUCCACAGGAGUUUGGAAACAGCUGGACUGCAGCAGAGUGUGUGAACAGUCCAGAUAUCAGACACCCCUGCACCCUCAGUCCGCUCAGAGAGCCUUUUGCAAAGCGUCAGUGUGCGGUGCUGCUCAGUGAGGUCUUCCAGGCCUGCCACCCAGUGGUGGAUGUCACCUGGUUCUACAUGAACUGCCUAGCAGACACGUGUGCCUGCAGUCGUGGAGGAGACUGUGAGUGUUUCUGCACCAGUGUGGGGGCCUACGCUCAGCGCUGCUGCCACCAGGGCGUUCCCGUCGACUGGCGCUCUCCGUCUCUGUGCCCGUACGAUUGUGAAUACUACAACAAAGUUCUGGGUAAAGGCCCCUUCAGGCUGACCACCUUCAGAGACAAGACGGCGUGGUUAGCAGCCAGCAGGUCCAGUGGUUUGGUGUUCCUGCAGAAAGGAAACCUCAGCGACAUCACCGCCCCUCGAGCCCUCUCAGAGUUCAUGAUGACGCCCGGUCUCAGCAGAGCCCGACCACACGACACAUCCCGGGUUUCCUUUGAGGCAGCCGACAGACCAAACUACUUUCUGUACUCGAGCCCCAAAGGCCAGAUGAGGCUGUCCAAGUGGGAGGACAGCGAGGCAUUCUUUGAUGGAGCCACCUUCAUCCUCCACAGGAACACCUGGGUACCUGGCUAUGACUCGCUUGAGUCCCACGCAAAACCUGGGUUCUUCCUGUAUGCCAUGCUGCCACGCCUCCACCUGCUCAAACACAGACACACCGACAGCUUCCGCAAGGCCACGUUGUUCAAACUCACAGCCCCUAGCCCAGACAGCCCGACUGGUCCUCGGUGCCAGUGGAGGUAUGAUUCCUGUGUCAUCCCCUGCUUCAGGACCUGCAGUGACCCAUCAGCCGAAGCCUGUGUCCGCAUCCCAGAAGUGGAGGGCUGUCUACCUGUCUGCCCUCCACACAUGGUCCUGGAUGAGAUCACACGUCGCUGUGUCCAUGUUGAAGAUUGCAUCAAGGUCCCAGUUGUUUAUCAGCCUCCAGCACCAUCAACCGCUCAGCCAACCACCGCAGCUGUCUCUUCAUCAACCACAACAAGCACCUCUCCCUCCACCACCCCUCUGAAGACCACAACCACCCCUGCAGUAUCAUCCAACCCUCUGCAGCCUGAACCAACCACCAGAUUCAGCACCACGACUCCUGCAGUGAGCACACAGACAACAUCGUCCCAGUCAUCCCCUGCACCUGAGGAACCACCACGACCAGCGACCACCUCGCCGUCUGCAGCUCCAGAACUUCCCACAACAGCAGGACGUCCGUCUCCUUCAACAACUGUCAGCCCAGAGGCGGUGCUGUCUACUGUUAGAGUGACAGAAGCCUCGCCUACUACAGUAGCCGGUGCAACAUCGAGGACUACCGGGGCUGUUAGUUCAACAAGCAACCCCUUUGGCCCCAGCACAUCCAGAACAAGCAGCGCUCCCUUUGCUAUUACAUCUGCGCUCUUGAUCACCACCUCCACCAAGCCCCCAGACCUCCUUCUGCCUCUGUUCACCACCACCACUGCCUCUCAGCCUUCUACACCUGUAGCACCAACCACAAGCUCCAUCCCAAGGUCGACCACCAUUACCGCUACCUCCCCUGUUGUCCUUCACACAACCAAAGAGGCCACAGAGGCUACAUCUCCAUCAGCAGCGGUUAUUCCAAUGGUAACCACCACCAUUCCAAGUCCUGCUCCAGACUCAGAGACACCCGGAGCUACAGAACGGACUUCUGUUCCCACUACAGCUACCACUGCACCCACAGACACCAGCACUAAGCCUGUAACAGUGGAGCAACUUCCUCCAACAACGAGCGCAGUCUCAACAACCUCUUCACCACUCCCUAUGUCACCUCCUGCUGGAACAGGAAGCACCCCUUUACCCACAGUUACGCCAUCUAAAACCACAGAGCCAGUCACUCCACCUUCACCUUCCUCCUCAAGUAGACCAACAAGUCCAGAGGCAACACCAUCACCUGUCGCUACAGAGAGGGUUCACACAAGUCCAGCAGAAUCAACGAUUUCCUCAACAACCAUUCAGGAGCUACCAUCAUCAACCCCAUCCCACCUGACACCCACUACACCUGCUCCUACGUCAGCUGCUACAGACUGGAGAACAACGACAGCAAAGAGAGUCACCACACUGGAGUCCACUGUAUCUGAAACACCUGCAGCUACCACAACUACAGCUGCACCUCCACCUUUGAGGAUCACAGACACCACAACGUCUCCUGUAUCCAUAACCACAACCUACGCUGAGAGAGCCUCCUGGUCUACCUCUGUUUUAACAGCAGAGAGAACCACAACCUCAAGUUCUCCAGAGAUUCCAGAAACGUCCAUUGUGUCCACAAGUCCUCCUGUUACGACAAAACCAACUGUACCACCAGUGCCUCCUACAAAAAUCACCACUGUCCCGCUUUUACCAACGACAGAGAGCUCCACUAAGUCCACCACGCAGACCUCUGAGCAGUGGGGUCCCACUCACUGGGAGACCUCCUCCACCCCAGUUUACAGCCCUACAGUAAAGACUACACCAGAGAUCUCUCCUGAAACUGGCGUCCACUCAGUCACUUCCACCAAAACUACUGAAGUGCCUCCCCUCCCUGUAACAUCCAAGCUUGAUUUCCCUGCUGCUACAUCCUCUGCUGCCACAACAACCACCAUCAGGACUACAACACCCCCUGAAAUCAUAGAAAUCUCACACACUACAACCAGGACACCUGUCACACCCCCUCCUCCUCCUGGUACUCCUGAGAAACACCUCACCACAGUCUCCACAGAAGCUACACCAAGUGUUGUUACCACCACUCCCAGACCUGGAGUUGUAGAGACUACACAGACGACGCACCCGCCAACCAGCCGGGUGGAGGUGCAAACAAGAUCUACAACCAAGACACCUCCAUCUUGGUCUCAGCCGGACACAACCACAUCCACUGCAGCUCCAAGGCCAACGACUGCCCUGGACAAAGUCACCACCAGACUGGUUUCCUCUGCAAGAGCUACACCUGCUCCAACGACUACCACCAGCACUCGGUCAACCACUCUCAGAACAACACCAAGAGUUCCUGUGACAACAAGAGUCACCCCGAGAGUCCCAUCAACUCAGAGGUCAACCAUCCGGCCAAUCACGUCAAGGGUUACAUUACCAACAAGGCCACCAACUGUGGCUACCAGAUCAACCACUCUUGGCCCUCCGACUGUCACACCAAGCCCUGACACAACAACCAUACCGAGAGUGACAUCCACGACAUCCACUGAGUCCGUCGCGACAGAACAAGCUGACACGACGGCAGCAGAUCUCAGCUCGACCACCGUAACCUCUCCAACGCCUGCUCCUCCUGAAACAACAGUCACAGUGACUACAGCUGUCCCCACGGUGACCACCAGAGAGUCAUCCACGUCAGAGAAAGCCAUGACGAUCAAAGAUGAAGACAUGUCACCAUCCACUUCAAAAGCUGUGACGCCUCCACUUGAAACGCCCAUUUCCACCCUAACGCCUGGUGUUCCCACUUCCUCUACGACUUCACCUCCAGCAGCCACCUCAGAGCAGACUACCGAGCAGGACGGAGUGGAUCACACCAGUCCAGGUGUGACGACGCCUCCUGCUCCAACGUCAGCUCAUUCAACCCUGGAAACAACCAGACACACAAUAGAGGGGGAGAUAUCCACUACUGUAACAGCUACAAGGAUGUGCACUCCUCCGUAUGCUGAGAUUGUCGAUGAAUGCACGAAGUACAUCUGCGUCAACAACCAGCUCGUCCUGUUCAACAAAUCCCAGAGCUGCCCCUUCACUUCAGAACCUCCAAACUGUGGCCUGCUCGGCUUCGCCAUCCUGGUCAAUGGAGACAAGUGCUGUCCUAAGUGGGACUGUCCAUGUCGCUGCUCCAUGUUUCCAGAUCUGAAUGUGAUCACAUUUGAUGGAAACAGCGUUGCCGUCUACAAGGCUGCAACAUAUGUGGUGACCCAGCUGCCCAAUGAGACCGUGAGCGUCUUGGUUCAGGAGUGUCCCGCAGACUCUGAGUCACCUUUUCUCUGGAACUUCACCAACCUGUGUUUGGUGGCGCUCAACAUCACCCACAAUUCCAACCACAUCAUCAUCAACAGGAUGCAGAGGAGGCUCUACGUUAACGCUCGGUACGCCAGGCCGCGAUUCAAGAAGUUUGGCUUUGAGAUCUACGACACAGGCAACAUGUACCUGAUCCGCAGCCCGGCCGGUCUCAAGCUGCAGUGGUACCACAGCACUGGCAUGAUGGUGAUCGACACUGACGGCUCCAGCAACAAACUCCCCACCAUGGGCCUCUGUGGUUUCUGUGACGGAGACCCAACAAACGACCUGACUUUGGCAAACGGCACCACGGUUGGCGUGCAUGAAGAUCCAGCUCUUUUCAUCGACAGCUGGCAGGUUCCCAACACCACCAGCUACGUCAGCCACAGCCGCCGCAGAGAGCUCAACUGCUCUACAAGCGACUGCUCCAGCUGCCUCAGCAUGCUGCAGAACAACGCCUUCACCCCCUGCCACGCCUUUGUCCCACCGAGCACAUUCUGUGAGGUUUGGGUCCGGGAUGCAGAGUAUGUCAACAACCAGUGUGUGGCGCUGGCUGCAUAUGUGGCCUCCUGCCAUAAAUUCAACAUCUGCAUUGAGUGGAGGAGUCCAGAUUACUGUCCCUUCAUAUGUCCUGACACUCUGCGGUAUCAGGCCUGCCUCCCCGGCUGCACAUCUCAGUCUUGCCCAAAUCAUGACUUUGACUCAGACCCUGAUCAGUGUUCAGGCCUGACGGAGGGCUGCGUGUGCCCGGAGGGAACACUUCUCCACCGACCAUACUCCGCCCUCUGCAUCUCACCUGAAAUGUGUGCCUGCACAGACAGCUCAGGCUUUCCUCGCGCACACGGCGAGGUUUGGAAAGCUUCAAAGGAUGCCUGCUGCAUGUACCGCUGUGACAACGACACUAUCGUCCCCAUCGAGUACAACUGCUCCAACAUGGCGGCUCCCGUGUGCCUUCGAGCAGGAGAGGUGAUCAUCAGUCUGGCCGACGACACCAGCUGCUGCCCACAGAGAGUCUGCGUGUGCAACCAGAGCCUGUGUGAGCUGCUCCCACCUGAGUGUAAAUACGGGGAGAAGCUGGUGUCGUACUACAGACAGGACUCUUGUUGCCCAGACUACGUGUGCGAGUGUGAUCCUGACCUCUGUGAGUCAGACGUUCCCGCCUGCAGAGAGGACCAAACUCUGAUCGCCACCAGAGCCGACGGCAGCUGCUGCCUGGCGCAUAUCUGCAUGUGUUCCUCCUGUGUGGAGACACCUCCUGUCUGUCAGGACGGAGAGGUGCUGACAGUGGACGGUAACACCACGGAUCACUGCUGCCCCUCCUACCAAUGUGUUUGUGAGCCUUACAGAUGUCCUCAGCCGAAUUGUCCUGUUGGGAUGUCGAUGAUGUCUGUGUCCACACCGGGCCGCUGCUGUCCAAAUCAAACAUGUGAGUGUUCCUGUGAUAAGAUUGCCUCUCCCAAAUGUGGACUGGGAGAGGCCGCCCAGCUGGACCGGGCCUUCCUGUCAGACCCACAGAAUCAGUGUGCCUGCAAGAGAUACAAGUGUGUACGGGAGGCGGUGUGUGUGUUCGGCGAGCGAAGCGUGUUGAGGCCGGGUCAGACUCUGGUGGAGCACGGAGAAGACGGUUUGUGUCACAGCAGGCAGUGCAGCCGCAGCCUCGACCCGAUGAGCGGCUUCCACCUGCUCCGCACCAACAGCAUCAACUGCUCCGCCCACUGCAGACCAAAUCAGAUAUACAUCCCUCCAAAGGAUCAGACGACGUGCUGUGGAGUCUGUAAGAAUAUAUCCUGCCUCUAUGAACACGAGAAUGGAACAACAGUUCUCUACAAGCCCGGGAGGUCCUGGGUUUCAAACUGCAUGAAGUUCGACUGCACAGAUACUCUGUCUGGGCCCACGCUCAUCUCCUACUCUUUCAGCUGCCCGCCCUUCAAUGAAACAGAGUGUAUGAAGAUCGGUGGAACUAUCGUAAGUUAUAUGGACGGAUGCUGCAAGACAUGCAAAGAAGACGGGAAGUCGUGUCAGAAGGUUACAGUGAGGAUGACGAUCAGAAAGAACGACUGUCGCAGCAACAGGCCGGUCAACAUCGUGUCAUGUGACGGGAAGUGUCCGUCUGCCAGCAUCUACAACUACAACAUCAACACAUACGCUCGCUUCUGCAAGUGCUGCAGGGAGACGGGACUGCAGCGGCGCUCAGUGCAGCUGUACUGCAGCAGCAACGCUACCUGGGUCAGCUACACCAUCCAGGAGCCCACUGACUGCUCCUGCCAGUGGUCCUAAACACACACACAAUCACAAUCACACACACUAACACUAAAACACACUGUUCAGUCCAACUUCCAUUUAAACGACAACAUAUUAAGAAAAGAAGAAGUAAAAGAAGCCUCAGCUUUGUUGCUCUCGGGGGAUCAGAGUGAGGAAUACUGAGCUGGUUGUUGAUCUGGUUGUCAGAGGUUCUGCUGCCUCUGCUGGCAGGCAGGUGGUACUGCAAGCUUUUGCUUCAUUUAAGAGAAUUUGAUUCAUAAGAAGAAAAUGAUAGAGGAGUCAAUCAAUGAUAGUUUGUAAAGCAUGGUUUAUGCAAAGCAGAUAUUAAUGGAGGGUCUUUCCAGCUGUAAUCAGUCCCCCUGUAAAUAGAGAAUAUCAAGAGAUAUUCACAUAAAGCUACAGCUUAGACACAACAUAUGAUCGGCACUUCAGGCUUACAAUGGUUAAAUAUGAGUUGUUUGUUUAACUGACAAGUAAUUCUGGUGUAGGAAGGGUUACAACUUUUCAUCAUGUCCCUAAAUGAGAUUUUGAUAAAGCAUUCUUAAUAGGAGGAAUUCCCCUAAAAGUUAAUAUAUACAUUUAUUUAGCUCAUGGAAAGUGGAAAGACUUUCCUCAGCUUACAGCACUUGGUUGUCAGGGCAUACCGCAGCAGAUUUCUUGCCUAUGAUAUAAAUUAAAAAUCAGAGACAGUUAGCGUGCUUCAUGUUCUAAUAAAUAAUAACUGAUAUUAAAGUUAUUCUAGAACACCUUUGGAAACACCUUUCACGCUUUGCCACUCCUCCACUUACCUGCCAGCCUGCAGAGGAAAGAAAAUGAUGAACAAAGAAAAGAGUAAGAUGAUAUUUUUGUGUAUGAGAGGGAAUCUGUCUGUCCUUGAAAAGAAAGAAAUGUCACUUUUGUCAUUUGGAGAGUCAUAUAUCACCUGAACCCCUCAUGUCUUGCCUUGUUUUUGUAAAUAAAUCUGUUUCUUAACUUUAAAAAAUGAUUUGAAAUAUCAAAUUUUUAGAUAUUUCACUUUUAGAGAACCUACAAUGAACUGUAAAUUCAGUGAUUUGCGGUAUACUUUUAUAAUCAAACUAGUGAAGCGUAUUAAUUGAUUUGAAUCCAGCUGUAUGUGGAGCACUUUAUUUAUUUAUUGGAGUUUGAUAGAGCACAGACGUUCUGAUUCUGUGGAUAAAGAGAGGACAUCAUGUGGCCCAAUAAGAGAACAAACAGACCCAACAGGAUCCAAAACGUUUAUCAGGUUUCAUUUCUAAUGACAGAAAACGUUAGAAGCAUAUUUCUCUGUGGACAAAAGUGUGUUCAUGUCAAAGUAACCCACUCAGAUAGUGAAGAUAUUUGUAUCAUACAAAUGUACA